CCCAUCUUCCCUAGCGAAGAGAGACGGAAGAUUUAUUCAAGAGAAGCGUAUUAUUGAGACAUCUGCCACCAAUUUACAGAGCUGGCUUUGCUCCCUUCCGCUUUCUUUCUUCUCUCUUUCCUUUCUCUCUUCAUUCUGUGGAUUGGAUUCUCUAGGGAUCAAAAGGGGUUUUUUGAUUUUUCCCUUUCUCUUUUCCAAUCUGAGUUUUUCUCUCUCGACCGUUUCGCCGUGCGGCUCGCUGUGGAGGGAGGUGGGGAGAAGCGGAGGGGAAUUUGGGGGGGAUAGGCAAGCCUUAGCUAGAAAUCUGCCUCCUGUGUUUGGAGAGAGGACGGAUAAAUUUGACAGUGGAGGGUGAAAGCAGCGGAGUCGAGGAGAGGGAAGGAGGAGCCAUAGAGCUGCUCGAUUCUAUUUGUUGUCGUGUUGGGAGUGGAAAGCUGAUUGCUUUGCUCUGAUUUGGUUUGUGGGUUCUGAUUCUGUUUGUUUUUGGGUGAGAAAGAGAGAAAAAAUGUGGUGGAUGAUGGGUGAGAAUGGCGGCCAUUACUGCUCGAAGAAGACAGAUGAUAUGUGUGGUGAUGUUUGCGGCCAGGAUUCUGGUCGGGUCAUGAGCAUGUCAAGAAUCAAGUGCAUUCUUCGCGGCGUGGAUUUGAAGACGUUGUUGUUCCUCUUCAUUCUGGUGCCUACUUGUGUAUAUGGGAUUUAUUUACAUGGGCAGAAGAUCUCGUACUUCUUGCGGCCACUAUGGGAAUCACCACCAAAAGGCUUCAAUGAAAUUCCGCAUUACUACAAUGAGAAUGUGACAAUGGAGAACCUGUGCAAGCUCCAUGGCUGGCAGAUUCGGGAGUUUCCAAGGCGUGUCUAUGAUGCAGUUUUGUUUAGUAAUGAGAUGGACAUCUUAACACUUCGGUGGAAGGAAUUGUACCCCUACAUAACUCAGUUCAUUCUUCUGGAGUCUAAUUCUACAUUCACUGGGACCGAGAAACUGCUCUAUUUCGCCAACCAUCGGGACCAGUUCAAAUUUAUCGAGCCAAGGUUGACCUAUGGAAAUAUUGGUGGCAGGUUCAAGAAGGGAGAGAAUCCCUUCAUCGAGGAAGCAUAUCAGCGAGUCGCAUUGGACCAACUUAUUAAAGUUGCAGGCAUCUCAGAUGAUGAUUUGUUGAUAAUGUCGGAUGUUGAUGAGAUUCCGAGCAAGCAUACUAUCAAUCUCUUGAGAUGGUGUGAUGACAUACCUCAAGUCCUUCACCUCCGGCUGAGAAACUAUCUAUAUUCAUUCGAGUUUCUUGUGGAUAACAACAGCUGGAGAGCUUCUGUCCACAGGUAUAAGAUGGGGAAGACCAGGUAUGCACACUAUCGCCAGUCAGAUGACAUAUUGGCUGAAGCAGGGUGGCAUUGCAGUUUUUGUUUCCGACGUGUGAGUGAGUUCAUCUUCAAGAUGAAGGCUUACAGUCAUUUUGAUAGAGUGAGGUUCAAACGUUAUUUGGACCCUGAAAGAAUCCAAAAGGUGAUAUGCAAAGGUGCAGACUUAUUCGAUAUGCUUCCCGAGGAGUAUACCUUCAAGGAAAUCAUUGGGAAAAUGGGUCCUGUCCCUCAUUCUUAUUCUGCAGUUCACCUUCCUUCUUACCUUUUGGAGAAUGCUGAUGACUAUAAGUUUCUCUUGCCCGGUCAUUGCAUAAGAGAAAGUGGGUGAUUCUGGGUUAUGACCUAUGACUAUCCCUACAUUUUGUUGUUGUAAAGGUGAGUUGGAUGUCGAGGAAUCCAACUCAAAUUGUUUGAGGACUCUGAUGGAUUUGUCGCUAUUACAGCCAUGCUGCAAUCUAGAUGUCCCCAACUUGAGGUAUUUGGAUUGCUUGCGGCAGAUUCUUGGAGGAUCAAUCAUUAUGUAUAUAGCCUUUCUUUCGAGCCUGAGCUUGAUGAUGACAGGAGGUGGUGAGUGGAGUUUGACCAUGGCACAAGAAACUUGCUGCGAUACGAACAAUCUGCUAGUUGUUGUUUACAACACCCUUGUGCUUCUAUAGUUCUUAGAACGGAUAUGAACAAGGAUUUUCCUGAGAAAACAAUUAAUUGUGAGGGUUUAAGCUCGAUGAUGUCCCUUCAUGGAGGGGGAAAUUUUGUGUUGGAGACAUUUAUUUGAUGAUGUGUCAUUAACUCCUUGAUUCAUGAAUAUAUCCGAAAUUCUGUUUAGAUCUGUAAUUUCAUACAUGCUUCCAUGGUCUUCUAAUUACUUGCUGGCCAAGCAAGCAGCUGUGAAAUUUCACCUUUUCUUUUUUGAGAAGGUCAAACAUCAAUGAACUGGACAUGGUGGCAAGACAUGCUUCUUGCUAAGAUUCCACCUCUGCAAGACGUUCGUCUUGUUCCAGGAGGAAAGCUUGCAACUUUUUGCUUCUGCCUUGUUGUAUGGAGUUUUUAGGGCAAGACGGACAGUCUGUAAGAUUCCAAGCGGCCCCCAAUAUAAUAAAUAAUUCCGG